UAGAAAUGGUGUGGAGAACCGUCGGGGAACUUGCCAGGUGCCAUUGGGAUAGUGACCAUCACCGGCUUUUGAUUCUUGUCAAGGACCUCUUUCCCAUGUUCGUCGCGAGCCAGUAUCGAAACUCCCCAGUUCUUGCCCUCAGCCGGUGUACAUUUAGGCAUCUUUCGAGCGGAGAUGGCGUCAUCAGGUCGUUUACAUCAGAAGCCAGAAUCUCCAUUGCAUUGCGCGCUUGCUCAAGAAUCUCUGUGUUUGUGAAAUAGCCAUCGCGAUUCUUUCCUGGUUUGAAGACAGCACGCGCAGAGCGCUUCCCAUCCCGUGAACGCAGCCAUCCAUAAUCGGCGGAAACAAGAUCCGCAACCAUGAGAGAGACACCUUCGCCCUUUGCGUACGGAGUUGGUGAUGCACCGUCUUGAACCCAGCGCGCGAGACGACGGUCAUGAGCAUAGAACAUCGAUUCAUCGUGAAACCAGACGACAACUCGUUUGCUGUUGAUCUGCAUCGAGGCACCAUGGAUACCGUUCGUGACGGUCUCUAGCUCAUUCAUCUCUGGUCCUGUCCAUGAACGCAUGCGGUCUUCGAGUUUGUACCAUUCCGGGAUGAAAACCGCUUGCCGAUAUUGGACGACAUCCUCCCGUUCGUGUCCGUCAACAUACUGGCCCUUGUGGUUUCGUACCCAUCGGAACUUCAGUGCGUGCAUCCAGCGUUUGGCGGUAGCGAUGGAGAUGGUGGAGGGAAGAUUAUGUUGGACUUGAAUCUCAGGCCGACUCAUGAACUCCACGAGAUCCUUGGCCUGAACAUACGGUCCCACCCCAACGCAAUGCUCUAUCAAUGCUUCGGCGAGUUCCGGGAAUCUUCCGGGUCUCGAUGAAAGUACGAGCACGAUCGCGAAUAGACCGAGCAGAUCCAUAACGACUGUUUGUCUUCCUCGCACGCUUGAGGGCAGCAGCGGCGGCAAUCAAGGAUUCUGUCCAUUUGUCUCAUUCACGGCUCCACCCAGCAAGCUUGGUGGGAAUGCGUCGCUGUCUUUGGUUGGCAGCCUGUGGGACAAAGAGCAGUGUGUCGAUGCAUUCUAAUGAUUCCAGAGCUAUUACAACUGUUGGCGCUUGUCGCGCUUUUCCGCUAGUGCCGGGUCUUGGACAUGGAGUUUCAGGAUCAGGCUGCAAAUCAUCGUUCUCUUGUUCAGGGUCCAGAAACUCCUCUUCGUGUCCCUCUUCAUCUGCCUCCCCAAAGUCUCUGUCAAUCUCGUCUGGAUCUGCCGUGAAAACACCAGAGUACAAUGUGAUUGUUGGAAGGUGUCGGAUGGGUGAUGGUGGGACAGAGCAAGGGCUACUGUUGUUGCUCAUGGGAAUGGGAAUCGGGUCGUGGUCCUCUGCGAUGCGGUUCUCCGCAGGCUCUGGCUCCAGUUGUGGUAGUUGAGUGUUGUCAAGCAAAAAGAGCUCAUCAUGGAUCAUCUCGUCCAAUGUGUCUUGCCUGCUGUUUGACGCGUCAUUCAGGUUGUCUGGCGCGUCAUUCGCGUUGUCUGGCACGUCAUUCGCGUUGUCUGGCGCGUCAUUCGCGUUGUCUGACGCGUCAUUCUCUUCAUCUGAUGCGUUUCUUGUCUUGCCAACGGGUUUCUUGACUCUGCAACGUUUUCGAGGCUUGACAUUUGGCAGUGCGACCUUCCAUUGCAUUCAAUGGGGGUAUGGUAAGAGAGCACAACCACAUACAUUCUGAUUGUUCUCUCCUGCCUUCCGUUUCUUUGCUGUGGUCUUGGACGUGUUUGGAGUCACUUUGAUUCCAUUUGCAUUGAAGUUUCUGAGGUUUCC